AUGUUCCCGCCAAUCUCCUUUAACGCCAUCUACAGGCCCCCCAUGAUCAGGGAUUGGCAGGAACUUGUCCACCCACUGGGCGGUACAUAUUACUAUAACAACAGAAAGAAUGCUUACACUUCGAUGAACAUUGGUCAUUACCAGGAUCUACAGAGGCUCGAUGAUUUCAUCAAUGCAUCACGAUCGGCUGCGAAAGAAGAUGGGUGGGUGCUGGUAGUGUACCCGGCUAUUUUUAUGGGAGAGCAGAGGUUUCAAUACUACUAUGUGGUCCCGGACCACCAGAUCAUCACCUGGUUAGAGGAUAUGGAUGGUCACAUCCUUUUCGGAGAAUGUGUCAACCCAAGCAAAUGGCGCCAUAAAAGACUUGAACUGGAGGCCCAAUAUUGGCGAGUGGCUGACCUACUAUGUCGUUUAAUCAAAAUGAACUCACUGGAUUGUCGCUCACCACUUCACAGGAAACAUUUUGAAUUCUUUCCGCACAAUUUCCGAAUGAACACCUCACAAGUGAGACGCAUAAGGAGAGAGAUGGGCUGCUAUCUCGGAGAAGCAACGACUUUAAGUCAAUCUACCGCCGCUUCGAUGUUCUGGACGUUAGACCAGAUGAAUAAAGUUGUGGAUCAACUGGCCAGUAUCGAAGACCUUGCAGACAAUGACUCUAUUGAGGAGACCGGUGUUGUAUUCUGUUGCAGAAUCUUGUACAUACUACGCCAUUACCAAUAUCUCAAUCGCCAUAACCAACCUGAGGCUCGCCUGAUUCGAAAGCACGCUGUGAAAGAGAGGCCUCGAAAUAAUAGGCUUUUUUCGUUCAUCGGCAAUGCUGCAGCUAUGGUGCUGUGCGUGCCAGUCACUAUUGAGCGCAUUCAGACCACUUCUGUUGAUGGAAUUGUGAAUGGUGUAGAAGUUCGACGAUUUGUCAACGACUUCAGCAGCCAAGCUAAAAGUCAAAUAACCCUGGCAGGUGUUUCAAUGGCCCUAGACGUCGCCAUCCUUGCUAUUCCAGGUUUAGGAACAUCAGCAAUCGCACAGACGCUGUGCUCCUGUUCCUUGCUUUUAGGUGUCGGCUGCAUUUUUGCAGGAAAUAUGGUGCAACACUUCGGCGAGAGAAUGGGAUCCCUAGAUUUUGCGGCAUAUUACCUUCGUAAGAAGAAAAUGAUGCUUAUCAUCAUUACAAGCAUACCCACUUUUUUUUGUGUACUAAGUGUGAUCGGGUCCAUCUUGGGAUUUCUUUCAGGUGUCAUUACGGACUUGAGUCCAUCUGCACCCAUAAUUAUUGCAUGCAUCGUUACUCUUUGCAUCGUGGCGUGUCUCUUAGUUGUAUUGGUGAUUGCUAGCUAUGGUCCAAGUCUGGCUCGGAUGCGGCCACAGUAA